AUGUCCGAGCACGCAGCGACCACACCAUCAGCGGCGACAGCGACGGCGGCGGCGCCGACGAGCGAGACCAAGCCCAAGGCCGGCCCUUCCAACUCGGUGGGCCCGGGGCUCGACACGACCUCGAAGCACACCAAUAUCUCGGGGGUGAGGAAGAUUACGCCGUGGGAAAAGAAGAUGGAGGCGAGGAAAAAGGCCGAGGCCGUCAAGCAGCGCGAAAAGGAGAUGAAGGAAGCAAAAGUGGCAGAGGCAGAGAGGAAGAGGACCAUUACAAAGGAGAGGAAGCAAAAGGCCGAGGAAAAGGCCAGGAUCGAGGCCAUGGCGUCCAAGAUGAGCGCCAAGAAGCUGCUGCGCAAGAAGCGCCGGCUGGGCAUCACCAAGAAGGUGUCGCACUCGAACUGA